AUGCAUAGUAACCCCUAAUUAGAGUACAGAUUAAUCUCCAAGAAAGGCGAAGGGACUUUCUCCGAAGUUUUGAAGGCUCAAAGCAUAAAAACUGGCAAAUAUGUUGCCAUAAAAUGCAUGAAGAACCAUUUCACAAGUCUUGAGCAGGUAAAUAACCUCCGAGAAAUCCAAGCAUUGAGGAGACUUUCCCCGCAUCCUCACAUUGUAAAGCUAUUAGAAAUUUUAUAGUAAACUCUAGCGUAGUGAUGAGCCGACAGGAAGAUUGGCUCUCGUUUUCGAGCUCUUAGAUCUUAAUUUGUAUGAAUGGAUCAGAGGACGCCGCCAUUAUCUCCCAGAAAACAAAAUAAAGCAUUAUAUGUACCAGCUGUUAAAGUCAAUUGACCACAUGCACCGAAAUGGGAUUUUUCAUAGGGAUAUUAAGCCUGAAAACGUGCUACUAAUUGAAGAAGUGCUGAAAUUGGCAGAUUUUGGAUCCUGCAGAGGGAUUUACAGCAAGCAGCCGUAUACGGAGUACAUCAGUACAAGGUGGUACAGACCUCCUGAGUGCUUGCUAACUGAUGGAUACUAUAGCUACAAAAUGGACAUUUGGGGAAUCGGUUGUGUCUUUUUUGAAGUAUCUGCUUUGUUCCCACUAUUUCCAGGGAACAAUGAAAUGGACCAAAUAGACAAGAUCCAUAAAAUCCUGGGGAUGCCUCCACAAGAAAUCUUAGCUGAUUUCAGAAAAAAGGCUAGAGAAAUAGAUUUUAAUUUUCCUACAAGAGAAGGGACUGGAAUUGAUAAGUUAAUUCCUCACGUAUCCCCGGUCGCUAGAGAUUUGAUGUCAAAGCUACUGUCAUACAGCGCAGAUGAAAGAAUAUCUGCAAGACAAGCACUAAAGCAUCCUUAUUUUAAAGAUCUUAGAGAUCAAGAGAGGCCUCCUCAAAUGGCGCCAUCCCCUCAAAGUUUAAGAACCCCUGAUGCUGAUAGUGCAGCUGGUGAUGAAAGUAAGGGAUCUGAAGGCAUUUUACAGUUGCCACCAAUCAAAGCUCAAGGAGGUAUAAUCCCUAAAACCAAGAAAAACCCAGAGAUGAAACUGAAAAACAACACCUCGAAUAAAAGCAUUACAAUUGACAAAAGCCCUUAUACAAGUAAAAAAAUAACCCUGGAGCCAAGAAAGCUCUAUGCGCCUGUAUACAAAAAGAGCUUUUAUAAAAGUACUUAUUAA